AUGUCGUUCUUCAGCUUCCUGAAGACAUUACCUGUCAUUUCAGUUGACAGCAAUGAUUUAUGUCAUUCUGUCAUUCCUGAAGAGUUGCAGAGGCUGGAGCAUUCUUUGGCUCAAGUUCCUGAUGGGAAAUGUCUUAUUCAAAAUCAUCAGCUUGCAAUGGAUAUGGAAAACAAUAUCAAGAAAUAUUACAUCAACAUCCAAUUAUUGGAAUCAAAAGUUGUGAUUAUUCAGCGAGCUUGGCGUGUGUAUCUUCAGCACCAAGAUUCUCUUCAGAAUGGCUGUUUGGACAAACGCAGCCCAUCUCCUCCCACUCUGUCCUCAGAGAAGAUGAGUAUGUCCAUUAGCAUGAACACCCUGUCUGAUGGGAGCACACCUGUAAGUAUGUUUUCUGAUUAA